GUUGCAGGAAAUUGAAGAUUUUGGAUCUUGAACUAACUUAUCAUGUUGAUAAAUAGCCCGAGUUAAGGAUUUUCUGGAAUUAAAACGUAUUAAACAAGAAUGUACUUAUCACACUACUUAAUGGAUAUCUGUAUAUUUUGGAAAUCUCCUUAAAAGAAGUAUUACUUUUCUUUGAACUUCCUAUUCAAAACUGUACUGCGUUAGUAGAACCUGUGUUGUCAUCGGUGAUGUGCUGUUGUCCUGGUGGGAUGAGGUUAAGGCUUUUGAGUCAGUUACUGUUAAGGUAAAGCAGUGACGCGAGGUAGCCAGAGAAAUUAGGUGCUUUAGCUGUAAGCUUAUUCUCGAAAAUCUGGUCGAACAGCAUAAUUAAGGGUAAAUCUUUUUUGUCGGAACUUUCGCGUGGGUAUAUACGAAUGCAGUCAUACGUACUUUCCUAUAUUGCGGAAUUUUCAGCAGAAAAAAGUUUUGUUUUUUGUUCUUUUCCUCUUUUUUGUUAAUUUACUACAUUAACACUGAGGAUAAGUUCGCAGGCGAAUCAUUUCUAAGAAUACAUACAUACUUUCACGUAUUUCUUUUCCUAGAUUAAAUUUAUGAAUUUUUGCUGGAAUUGGUGACAAAACAGGGAGCAACACGGUUUUAUGAUAACUAUGGCUAGUUUCCUGGAUUUUUUGCAGAUGAACAAGGAUAAGACAUUUCGACCGAAAAAAAAAUUUCCAGUUGGAACGUUACGAUAUAAUCUGCAUAAGCAAGCUCAGGCUACACUGCAUUCGGGUUUAGAUUUGAAAGCAGCUGUUCGAUUGCCACCUGACGAAAACUUUGAAGACUGGUUAGCUGUCCACACAGUGGACUUCUUCAAUCGAAUAAAUCUUCUAUAUGGCAUAAUAUCAGACGUUUGUACUGCAAAAUCUUGCCCCACAAUGAGUGGUGGACCUCGGUAUGAAUAUCUUUGGCAGGACGGUGUCAGCUAUAAAAAACCAACAAGAUUACCUGCUCCUGAAUACAUAUUUCUUUUGAUGGACUGGAUUGAGAUACGGAUAAAUAAUGAAGCUAUCUUUCCUUCUAAUACGGAGGUCCCGUUCCCACGAGACUUCCGGCAAACGUGUAAAAAGAUAUUGACAAGAUUGUUCCGAGUCUUUGUCCAUAUUUAUAUACAUCACUUCGAUCGAUUAUCACAAUUGGGAGCUGAACCUCACGCAAACACUUUAUAUAAACAUUUUUACUAUUUUAUCACUGAACAUCAGAUGGUUUCAUCGCGUGAGCUGGAUGCGCUGAAGGAGAUGACAGAGCGGUUGAUUGUCAAUUCUGGUAACCGACGAAUCCGUGUUGAAUGAAAUGUUGCUAUGGUCAGGAUGAAUCUUGCAAGCUGUUUGUUGUCCCUCUGCCUGCCAGUAUCCGCUACUGAACACUUUCAUUCUGUCCUACUCUGAUAAAUAUCUUGUAUAAGAAAUAUUUCAUUGGAUUAUUGCCACGAAACUUGUAAAAGAUAAUAGAUGAGGGGCUGAUGUUUCAGCCCAUCUACAUUAUCAUAUACAUGGCGACAAUCCUACUAGUUGAUUUAAAUUCUUAUCCUUUUCUAAAAAUAACUCUUGCAUUUGUACAAAGUUUUCAGCGUUGAAUGCAUAAAUUAAUUUGUUCCUGUGCGAAA